AUGUCUGCUGAAACUGCCACUACUCCAUCAAAUAACAAAUUAUAUGUUGGUAACAUUGAAUAUAGUACCACUAAAGAAGAAUUAAAAGAAUUGUUCAAAGAUUAUUCAAUUGAAUCAAUUCAAAUUCCAACCAGAUCACCAAGAACCAAGAAUGGUAAAAGAGGUACACCAAAGAGUAAAGGUUAUGUUUUCAUUACUUUUGCCCCAGAAGUUAAAGAUUUAGAUUCAAUUAUCAAAAAAUUCACUGAUUAUGAAUUUAAAGAUCGUAAGAUUUAUUUAA